UUCAGUUCGUUCUCCGAGAACCGCGCUCGGGGUGAUUCGCUCUGAUUCAUUGUGUAUAUGUGAUUCGCAAAAUUAAAGCGAUUUCUAUUUGUAUAAAAAAACAUGAAGUGUCGUGCAUUUUAUUUUCAAAAUUAGUUUUUUUUUUGGAAAGUCUAAUUUACUGGUAAAGGAAAUAUUAAGGAAAUUCUUUCAAAAUCAACAAGAAGCAUUUUUUUUUUAAGGAUUCACAAAUCCAAUACAAGUGACAUUGAUGGAUAUCGCCUGGCAGACACUGUUGUUAAGACGUGAAAGUCUAAUCAGUAUUCUUAGUAUCAAUAAAUUGGAAGAUUUACAAGCGAAGGAAAUUUAAAUUUUAAUGCACUUUCAAGGUGUUUUAAUUCCUCUUGUAAAAUUGUAAAAUCGUUUAGCAAAAUAUUUGCGGAACAUUUAAUAAGAAUUUUGGAAAGCAGAUUUUGAAGAAGAAGCAGAUUUAGCUAUCUGUAACCUAGGGAGGUACUUGUAAUUUGAAUUAUAGUAUUAUCCAAAGGAAUGAUUUAUUCGAGGAUGAUGACAAUAGCUAAGGAGGAAUAUUGUGGAUGAAAAUGAUGUGUUGCAUGGAAUGUGUUGAUUGUCUAAGUAAGCAAUAAUGAGUGACCAAGUGUAGUGCUUCGGAAACAUGAUCGGUCACCACGAGUACAAGCAAGUACUUUGGUGUGUUGAGAGUGUUUCGAGGAUCCGUGUUAUUGUCGAUUGGCACUAAAACUACUUGGCAUCUGGUGAAACUACUCGUCAUCUGUGUGAAUAUCAACUCCUCGUCUGGUGAAUUUACUCCUCAUUCGUGAAACCCUUCUCUUCACUACACAUAUAGAUAUAGCAGUGAAGUUGUCUAUAUAUAUGUGCAAGUUACUCCCACUUGUAGAUAUAUAUGUAUCAGUGAACUUGCAGUACGUUUGGGAGAUCAUCAAGUGGCUCUUGUUGUUUUGAUGACCUCGGGCCACCUCUGAAGGUGUCAAGUGUGUUGAUGCAAAUUCAAUCUCAUCAUUCACAGUGCUAAACGCGUGCAUCUCUCAGUGAUUUUUAGUGUUGAAAAGUUUUGUGUCUUUUCAUCAUUACUUUGAUGAUUUUACAGUAAGUUUUUUUUUUUUGUCAUACUAUCUGGAACGCGCACGCCAAGCUGACAAGGAGAACGCGUCGUAAACUCGCGCGGCAAAACGCUUCUUCUUCACGACCCAAGGAAUCUCUUCUUUACCCACCCAAGAUUGCCUCACAGCAGAUUACCCGUGGGAAGUGAAGCAAGUGUACGGCAUCUGAAAACAUACACGCGUAGUUGGAGCUCGGAGCCUUGUCAUGGAGUGCCGAAAGGGUCGACGGAAAGGCAUUCUGAGUAGUUUGCUUUUCGUAUGGCUGUUGACCAGCGGUUGCACCGUCGCCGCACGAAGCAUGGGUAAGCCAGAGUCUCUUUAUGGUCGAGCGAGUCUGGGAAAUGCAGGACACCGGUUCAAGGCGGCUAACAGUAUGUAUCCCUUCAGCAACUCUGAAUAUUCACGGACGUUACUUUUUCGUCGUGAGAGGUACGACACAGCAUACGCUUGCGAGAGCAAAACACUGCGGAUAGAAUGCCAAGAGGGAGAUUUGAUACACCUCAUAAGGGCGAACUAUGGAAGGUUCUCCAUAACGAUAUGCAACGAACACGGGAACACUGAUUGGAGUGUCAAUUGCAUGUCGCAAAAAUCUUUUCGAGUCCUUUACAACAAGUGUAAUCAGCAGCAGAAUUGCAGUAUUGUGGCAUCGACCUCACAGUUUGGAGAUCCGUGUCCAAACACCUUAAAAUAUCUCGAGGCACAUUAUCAGUGCGUUUCUGCUUCUACGACUACAACUACGUCACGUCCUAGUCCACCAUGGCUGAUAACGUCCCAGCCCAGUGUUUGGAGUACAGUUAAGGCAACAGUCCGACCACCCUCGAGGAUUACAACACCAGCUGCUCAACAGCCUCCCCAACACUCAGUACCAUCCACUACCCCUUCAAUAACAACUCUACCGAGUCCUACGUCGACGAGACUCGGUAGUGAUGUAAAAGUCGACGAGAAUGAGGAUUUGGUUCGUCCUGUCAGCGAUUUUGAAUCAGUUGAAGUGCCUGUCGAACCGGAAACAACGCAGGCAACAACAACGUCAAUGUUUGUUUCAAUGCGAACUAGUCGUAGAACAACUGUGCCUAGUACACAGUAUCCAGAAUCGAGCUCGAAUGGCCAGUGGUAUGAUUAUGGUCGACAAUUAUGCUUGCCGAGAGAGGCCAGAAAUUUGAUUUGGAAUACCACACGUGCUGGUGACAUGGCGGUACAAAAUUGUCCUGGUGGUGCAAAUGGCUAUGCACGUUGGAAUUGCGUUGCCAGAGGUGAUUCAGCUGCAUCCUGGGAUCGUGACACUCCCGAUCUCAGCGAAUGUCGUUCAGUGUGGUUGACAUCAUUGGAGAAUAGAAUCGCCGAAGGUGAUGUGAUUCUUGGUAUUAGCCGUGAUUUAUCACAAGUGACAAACAAUAGUCAAAUGUUGUAUGGUGGUGAUAUGAAAAUAACAACCAAAAUCAUUCAAAAUAUGGCAAAAAAAUUAGCCGAAGAUAUUAAAACUUAUCAGGAUGCAAGCCAACGGGAAGUUAGUGUCACUGAAUUAUUACAAGGUGUCAUUAGAACGGGUAGUAAUCUUCUUGAUGAGGCACAAUUGGCAUCGUGGCGUGAUCUCAGUGAAAAUGAUCAAAUGGCAGUGGCAACAUCACUUUUCAUUGGUUUAGAAGAAAAUGCCUUUCUUCUUGCCGAGACACUUAGACACGAGAGGAAAAUAAUUCAGGAGGGCAAAAAUAUACUAAUGGAAGUUCGUGUACUGGAGACGCGCAAUAUCAAUAACAAUGUGGAAGUAUUUCCUUCGAAAUCGACUCAACAAAAAUGGAACGCCUCGAUACAACUGCCAAGGCGAGCUCUUAUUGAGAACAGUGAGGGUGGAAUUGUACGACUUGUUUUCAUGGCAUUCGAUAGACUCGAAGAAAUUUUACAAACUGUUGAAAAAGUACCAACAGUUGUUAUGAGCGACGAUCAAAUUUUAGUAAAACCAAAAGAAAAUAGAACGAGAAUUUUAAAUAGUAAAGUCAUUUCAGCAUCACUUGGCAAGGGACGACAUAUUGAAUUAUCAGAAUCAGUGAAAAUUUAUUUUCGACAUUUGACAGUCGCUGAUAAUAUUUCUAAUCCAACAUGUGUCUUCUGGGAUUAUACCGUCAAUGCCUGGUCGAAUGAAGGUUGCAAUGUUUUGGAUACAAAUACAACACACACUGUUUGUACUUGUAGACAUUUGACAAAUUUUGCAAUUUUAAUGGAUGUACACGCAGUUAAAUUGACUCAUGAUCAAGAUCGUGCUCUACAAAUAAUGACAUACAUUGGAUGUACAAUUUCAGUUGUGUGUCUUUUCCUGGCAAUUCUUACAUUUCAACUGUUUCGUGGAUUAAAGUCUGAUAGAACGACCAUUCACAAGAAUCUCUGCGUCUGUUUACUCGUCGCUGAGAUUCUUUUCGUCUGUGGAAUCGGACAAACGGAUCAGAGAAUUCUCUGCGGUAUUGUUGCAGGACUAUUGCAUUUCUUUUUCUUGUGCGCCUUUGCUUGGAUGUUCCUCGAAGGCUUUCAGUUGUACGUGAUGUUAAUCGAAGUUUUUGAAGCUGAAAAAUCGCGACUUCGAUGGUACUAUCUUGUAGCUUACGGCCUGCCAUUAGUUAUAGUUGCCGUCUCUUGCAUAAUCGAUCCUCUUAGCUACGGUACUGAACAACACUGUUGGCUCAGAACGGAUAACUAUUUCAUCUUUAGUUUUGUCGGACCUGUGAUCCUCGUUAUUCUGGCAAAUUUGGUAUUUCUUUCAAUGGCAAUUUAUAUGAUGUGUCGACACGCGAACACCACUGUUUCUAUGAAGAGUAAAGAACAUUCUCGCCUCGCCAGUGCAAGUGGAAAGGAGGAGAAUGCUCUUCCCAACAAAUUGCAAGCGCACUUGGCCUGGCUACGAGGAGCAGUUGUCUUGGUGUUCCUUUUAGGACUCACCUGGACUUUCGGACUACUUUAUCUCAAUCAAAGUACCAUUGUGAUGGCGUACAUCUUCACUAUUCUUAAUAGCCUUCAAGGAUUGUUUAUCUUCUUAUUCCACUGUGUACAGAAUGAAAAAGUGAAGAAGGAAUAUCGAAAAUUCAUCAGAAGACAUUCCUGGUUACCAAAGUGUUUGAGGUGUUCGAAAACAGUCACCGGAAGUUCGGGUGGAUCUUCAGGCACAAGUGGAGUUGGCGCUGGUGCAAAUGGUGGCAAGGAUUUUGGUUCUCAUAAUACAUCAUCAAAUCCAUCAGCACCAACGACGGAUAGUUCGGGAUUGUCGCCGCACGCGGCUUCCAAUUACUUGGUGUCCGGACGAGGUUGGCCAAAUGCUGAUAGGCAAGCAGCAGUCACAGUGCCACACGAAAGUUCUACUUCAGAGAAUCAUAUUGUGGCGACGCUGCCCCACGCCCGUAACGCCUUCUUUCCUUCAGCUCCCAAUAUCCCCAAAUCUGCCACUGCCACCUGGGGACCCCUUAACAAAAACCUCAUGUGGAAGAACAUUUCUUUUAAAUCAUACUCCCGUGACUCUGGACAUGGAGGAUCGGAACAAGAGGAAUCGCCACGUACUCAUGGCUCGAUGACCUUACAGGGCUACUCAGGAAGAACGCGGGAACGACGAACGGGAAAUGGUGGUGUUGAUGAUCUUGUUGGCUCAAGGACAACUGGAAGAAGAGCAGCAUCUCCGUAUAAUCAUACAUAUACGGAAAUUCGCGAUGGACGCGCCGGUGGCGGUCAUCAUCAGUUACACGGUCAUCAUCAUCAUGGUCAACAUAUGCUGUUGGCAAGAGGACUUGUGGGCGAGGAUGAUCCGGUCUAUGAGGAAAUUGAACGUGGAGGUGAAAUUCAAGUGUCAGACAUGUCAGAUGAGGAUGGCAGACGACAAAGUGAUAUGAGUAGACAAUCAUCACGUAGCUAUGGCGAUCAUAGGCCAUUGAUUCCAUAUUCGCCGGCUAAUGAUCGUAAUAAUUUAAAUCAUUAUGGACAAACGCAAGGUGAUCGUAAUAAUAUUGCUCAUUAUGAUCCAUCUGAAUAUAGUCCAGCUCAAGAGAGAUCGUUAAAUGCAUGUUGGGAGAAAAUACGAAGACAACAAGCCAGGUAUGAAUUAGGUGAAUUGCCACGAUUACCUGGAACUUAUGGAAUUUCACCACAAGAUCAUACGAGGACAGUUGCUGUUCUCGAUGGGCACACUGUCGUCUGUCAUUUACAACCACAAACUGACAUGUACACAGGACGCGGAAUUCCCCCACCAUCCUACAGCGAAUGUUAGGGAAAUCGUCAUUAAAAGAAAAACGAAAUAAAAAAAAAUUUGCCAGAAAGAAAGAGCUGAAGAAAAUCGCCCGCAGUUUCGUCUUGAUAACGAGUCCCUUGUUAAAAUUCUUCAACUACUACUACUAUUACUACUACUACCACUAUUACUACCAUUUAAUAAAAAGCUUUUUUUUAUAAUUCUUGUAAAUUUCAAUAAUCUCGUUUAAAAAUUCAAAAUAAUUGAAGCGAGAUAAUAUUUGAAAAAUAAAAAAACUUGUAGUAUUUUUGAGGAAUUUUCCUAAGGAGUUUUGUUGCUUAAGUAGACGAAGAGUAGCUCAAGUUUGGUUAAAAAAAAAAAAUUGCGAUACCUAUAGACGAUUUUGCCGAGAAUCUUAGCCAUAUUAUGACCAUAGGAGGGAGAGAUAGGCGUUUAUAUUUUCGCGGGUCGAAAUGAGGUAUUACGCCGACUGAUUUGCCAUCGUCCAAUAUUUUUCUUUCUCUUUGUUGAAAACAUUUCAAUAAUUUUUUUUCUUUUUUUUUUAAUAUCUUCGACAAUUUUUCGGUGAGUCUAACAAAUAUUGUUCUGUACAAAGAAAAGUCUAAUUUUUCAACUCACCAAAAAUGAAACAAAAAAUUUUGAAAAAUAUACACGGAGGAAAAUAGCAUUUGAAACUACUUUUUUUAAGCUUUUUUAAAAUUACACGAUAGUUUGGUAAAUUUUACCUUUUAUAGCAAACAUUAUAUUUACUGUACUAUCAUGUAAUUUUAACAAUAGCUUCAUAAAAAUUACAAAAAUGUUUCGUAAUUCACUUUUUCUCUCGUGUAGUUACACAAAUAAAAACAACACACUGUAUAGACUAAAAGAAUAAGUGAACCUUUAAACAAAACAACUCAGAAUUUUUACAUUUUUCUUUAAAUGAAAUUAUUUUUAUAAAAAAAGUCAUGGAUGAAAAAAAAUUACUAUUGUGUUUUCAACAACAAGAAAACUAAAAACAGUUGCAAAAAAAAUCAAUUUUUGAAGGAAAAAUUCUUUAUUUUGAGUCAAAAUUAAUUAAGAACAAAACAUAAAAUUAAUAUAAAAUUUAAAUAUAGAAAUCAAAUUUUAAUAAAAUGAAAAAAUGUUUUGUGAAUAAAAAAAUAAAUUUAAUAAGAAAAAAUUCUUUUCCUUCAAUAAUGAAAAAAAAAAAUUGUCUUAUCUGGACGAGGGCAUUUUGCGUGUGAUAAGUGUGCGUAAUGUUACUCGGAACAUUUUUUUUUGUUUGUUUUUUUUUUUAUUUUGCGAAAACGAUUUGUAUGUAUACUUGGGAACGAAUGAGUGUAUCUGUGAUUAAGUAUAUAUAUAUAUCGAGUCCUGUAUCAUAACUAGCGGACCUCCUUUUUCUCUCGAGUAUAAGAUACAUGCGCAUGUAUCUUGAUCGAAGAAACCGAUUGAAACGUGUGCAUUAGGAAUUGAUCGCAUUCAAAAUUCACGAAAUUCUUAUCGUGAAAUAUCAUUAACUUAUAAGAUUGCCAGUCGCACGCAAAAAAAAAAAAAAAAAAAAAUCUUCAUCUUUCUUUUAUUUCCGAGGCGAAUUUUUCGGAGGAGAUGAAUGAAUUUUUAAAGCAGUGCGCCGUACAAUCGUUUUUUCAAAAAAAGAAAAAAAAAAAAAAACUGUGACUGUAUAAAACACGAUCCAUUGACAUUGUCCUAUAGCUCAAUAAGGAUUGUCAAUCGGAUCUUGUUUUCUUUUUUUCUUAGUUUAUGAUAUGCCGUUUUAAAGAGUUUAGUCAAAUUGCGCUAUUUUGAAUUCGAAAUUUUUGUUCUUCUAUAAAAGAGAAGUUUACUUUUAAUUUAAGUUUUUGUUUUACAAAAAAAAAAGUUACUUUUUAAAAUAAUUUUAUCCUUCUUCAGAAUAAUAAUUUGUAUUUUUAAAAAAUAAUUUCGUUCAAAAAUAACGGAAAUUGACUUUUUUCGAAACUCAUUUUCAAUAAUGCCGCGAUGUUUUCAAUCGAUAAAAAAAAUAUGAACAAAAAACACGUAGACGGAUUUAGUGUGAAAAUGUAAGAACUUUUGUAUAAAUUGUACUUCUUUUAUUUAUUGACGCUAAAAUUAUAAUAUUUCUUUUUAUUAUCUUACUUUUUGCACAAGAAUUCUUAAAAAUUGUCUACGUGAUAUGUUAAAGGAUAAUUCAGAUGUUAUUAAAUCUGAUUAUUGUAAAAUAAUAUUAAAUUAACAAUUAGAUAAAUUAUUAGUUUUUUAAUUUAUUUUUUUUUCUCAAUUAUAUAUGAAAUUUUUUGUAUACGAUUUUCAAACACUCCCUGAUUGUGUGAUAUAUAUAUAUAUUUUAUUUAAUUAAAAUUUUUCAUUAUAAUUUGAUGAUAAAAAUUAGAGACAAACACGAUUUUUUCUUUAUCGAUUGAAACACGUCCGCAUAACGUUUCUUUGUAUAUUUCUUUUUUUUCCCCAUUGGAAUGUUAUGUUUUGGUCCCAGAAUGUUAUUUUUAUAAAUAAAUAUAUAUGUAUGUAUAUGUAUGUAAACCGUGUACUAAUGACGCAAGCGUGCGUGUGAGGAGGAUGUAAGAAUAAGCGAUUUUCCAAGCGUUGAGGAAAUGGCAAAACAUAGUCACUGUUUUUUACUAAUUUUUAAAAAAUGUAUCUAUAUUUAUUUUUUUAACACUCCUUAAAAAAAAACGUUUUUAAUAUGUAUAAAUUAUGAAAAAAAAUGCUCGUUGUACGCAUCGCUCGAGAACAUCUAUGAACACAAGAAUUUUCUUUUUGAAAAAAAAUUUCUCGGAAAUAAUAAUUCUAUAAUAUUCUCGAGAUUCAUUAUCGAUGCUUUGAUUUAAUUUCCAAAAUUAAUCAAUUUAUCCACCAAAACUUUGCUCUGAUAUAUGAUAUUAAAAUAACUGCAUUUAGACGUACAACUGUGUUAAAUGUUAAGUGUUCCCAAAAAAAAAAGUGUUUUCGCACUGAAAUAUAAGCACCUAUCGCAGCAUUGUGAAAGACAAUUUAUAUUAUUAUAUAAAUCAGACUUAAAAUCAAUAUAAAAAAAAACAAACAUCUCUUUUGUAAAAUAACCUUUCUACUUUGUUGUCUGUAAAAUAAUUUUCUAAAUUCUUUUUGUAAAAUAACUAACAAAAUUUCUUUUGUAAGAUAACUUUCUAAAAAAAAAAAUUUAUUUCUAAUUUUUUUUUUUUUCUGUAAAAUUGUAAAACUUUUUGUAAAAAAUAUAGGUUUUUUUAAAUUUCUAGAUUAGGUAGAAUUUUCUUGUCAAAACUUUUUGUUUUGCAAUAAAGACAAUUUUCAAAAGAGAAUUUUUUUUCUAUUUUGAAAAGAUGUAAUUUAAAAGACAAAAUAAUGACAACUAUUAAAAAAAAAAAUAAGAUUCAUAGAAUGAUCUUUCUGUGCAUAUAUAGGGAACCAAUUAUUAUGCCGAUUGCGUUGCAAAUUAUAAUUUAAUGUAUCGCGUUAUUGUCGAAGUGUUUCUUCGAGCUCUGUAAAUAUUGUACAUAAUGGUUGAAUACUUGUAAUGUAAGUAUGAAUGGUGAAUAAAACAAAAAAAGUUAACGUAACAAUUGACGCGUAUAAUUAAUUUAAGUACCGAAAAUGUAAUUGGUAUAUGUAAAUAAUUAAGCCAUGAGGUAAAAAUACUAAAAAAAAAAAAAAAAGUCCCAAAUAAUCAUUGGAUAUUUAUAUAAUAAAAAAUGAUUCCAACUAUAGAGUAGGAGGCGACGGCGAAAGAAAAUUUUUUUUGUUCACCAAAAUGCUGCCGAAAACGUCAUUUUUUUAAAAUCGAUAUGCGCCGCAUUAAAUCCAGAGAGACAAAUGUACAAUGAUACUGUUUUCCUUUUUUUCAAAAAUAAAAAUUCACCGUUAACUUUUCAUUUUAUUUUAUAAAUGAGUCCUCCAAAAAAAAAGAAUUAAAUGGUAGAAAGUAUGUGAGCGUCAAAUGUGAAUCCUUUUGAAAAUGAAAAGUUAACGGUAAUUUUUUUUUUUCGAAAAUACAACACAAUGCUCUUUUUAUAAAGCUAAUAUUCUAUUUCCGCUCGAGAAUGCAAAACAAAAAAGCAAUUGUUGUUGUUAUUAUUAUUCAUUUCUUGUUAGUUAAUUUUUCUUUCUCUUGUUGACUCCUAAUUUCUUUCUCUCAAGUCAAUUGUUUUCGUUUCUUUUUUCGUUUAUUAUUGUCAAUUCUUUUUUUUAAGAGCAAACUUUAUUUAAAACUUGUAACUUUGAACAAGUGGAACUCUGGAUUUGUUGAGUUACUUUUUUUUUUGUUUCAUUUAUCUACUUGCACCAAUGAAAAGAAACGAUGCAAGAAUUGUAAAAAAAAAAAAUUUCAGACUUGUAAUAAUCUUGUUUAUUCAUUUUAUAUGCUUCUCUAAGACUGUCUGAAACAAAAACAGAAUAAAUAUAUGUGUACCAAUCUCUGAAGAAUCACUGCA